ACAUCCCACAAGAAGAGCCGCUUGCUUGCAUAAAGUUAGUUCCUGCUUUGUUUUCGAGGGAUUCUACCAUGAUCCAGUGGUUGGGAAAGUCAUGCCCGCUUUUCUUAAUCUUCGUAUUCAACAACCUGAGCUUUACGCACGCCGGUAACGUGCUCGUUUUACCGGGCGAAUACAGUCACUGGCAGAACAUGAGAAACAUAGUGGACGAGCUGCUGAACAGAAAUCACACAGUAACAGUUCUGGUGUGCUCCGCCUCUCCAACCAUCAACUUCACCCAGCAGGAGAGGUUUCAGUAUCUGGUGUUUGAGGUGCCUUUGAGUGCGCAUGAGUUGGACAGAGUAACCGAAGAGCUGAUCAACAUCUGGAUGCAGCAUCCCAGUCCAAGCCGACUCCAGACCGGUCUCCAAGUCAUAGAGCUGCUCGGGAAAGUGCGCACAAUGCACCGGGCAAUGUGCGACUCCAUGCUGCGUAAUGACGCCCUUCUUCUAAAUGUUGAUCUAAUACAAAAGCUUCGGGAAUCUCAAUACGACGUGCUUUUUUCUGAUCCCGUGAUGCCGUGUUCUGACCUGAUGGCGCAGAUGCUGAAUAUCCCGCAAGUCAUCUCGCUUCGGUUAACUUUCGCGUAUACAUUUGAGCGGAUGUGUGGUCAGAUGCCUGCUCCUCCAUCUUAUGUUCCUGCUGUGGCUCUGACAGAUCACCUCACUGACCGCAUGAACUUCAUGGAGAGAGUUGAAAACAUGCUGCACUACUUCAUACAUACUGCUGUGUUUCGACUGAACACAAUGCUUACGGUUGAUCGGCUAUACACUGAAAUACGUGGUAAACCCACAACUAUGUGUGAGACCAUGGGAAAAGCAGACAUCUGGCUGAUAAGAACGUACUGGGAUUUCGAGUAUCCGCGUCCAUUCCCGCCUAACUUUAAGUUUGUUGGAGGACUACACUGCAAACCUGCCAAACCAUUGUCUGAGGAAAUGGAGAAGUUUGUUCAGAGUUCUGGAGAUCACGGCAUUGUGGUUUUCUCAUUGGGCUCCAUGAUCAAAAACCUGACAUCGGAAAGAGCCAACACUAUUGCUGCUGCUCUGGGUCAGAUCCCGCAAAAGGUUGUUUGGCGUUACAGUGGGAAAACUCCAGAAACACUGGCUCCCAAUACAAAAAUCUACGACUGGAUCCCACAGAAUGAUUUGCUUGGUCAUCCAAAAACGAAGGCUUUCAUUACUCAUGGUGGCACAAAUGGACUGUAUGAGGCUAUUUAUCACGGUGUCCCGAUGGUGGGUUUGCCGCUGUUUGCUGAUCAGCCUGAUAACUUAAUGCACAUGAAAACCAAAGGAGCUGCUGUAGUCCUUGAUAUCAAUGCACUGGAGUCCACAGAUCUGGUGGAUGCUCUCAAGACUGUCUUAAAUAACCCAUCGUACAAGGAGAGCAUCAUGAGGCUGUCCAGAAUCCACCACGAUCAGCCGAUGAAGCCGCUGGAUCAGGCCGUUUACUGGAUUGAGUUUGUGAUGCGGAAUAAAGGAGCCAAACAUCUCCGAGUUCAGGCGCAUGAGCUGAGCUGGUAUCAGUACCACUGUCUGGAUGUAGCGGCCUUCUUACUCUCCAUCGCUGCUCUGAUCACAUUCCUCUGGGUUAAAACAUGCGGCUUCCUUUUCCGCAAAUGUUUCAGGAAGACCCGUCCUGAGGGGAAAACUAAAAAGAAUAAAAAGGAGUGAAUGCAAGCGUACUGUAGUCCAAUUGUGACGAUAAUUCUCUACAGAUAUGCAAUAUGUGUGUCACUGGUUGUAUAAAUUUUGUGUGUAUUCUGAAUUGAGAGUGUUUUUAAUAAAGCAAAUACAUGUGCACUUAUAUUGAAACAA